AUGGCUUCAAGCCCCCCUCGCCAUUCCGUCGUUAUUGUUGGCGGCGGACUAACGGGCCUUGUUCUUGCUCUUAUGCUCCAGCGCCUAAAAGUCGACUAUGUUCUUCUCGAAGCUUACGACAGCGUAACACCAAAUGUCGGGGCAAGUAUCGGGCUGUGGCCCAAUGGUCUGAGGGUACUAGACCAGCUCGGCGUGUACGAGGACAUAUGUAAAGUGGCGCAGCCAGUCGACAGAAGCAUCAUUGGCGACGGGCGGACAGGAGCUACGCUGAUGACACGAAGAUAUGGGCCAGUCAUGAAGGCGCGUCAUGGUUAUGUGAACAUGUUCAUGGAGCGGUACGAGCUGCUUCGCGUACUUUAUCACCACGUCGUCGAAAAGCACCGGAUCUUCGUCAACAAGAAGGUGAUCAGAGUCGAAACACAUGACGAAAAGGCCACAGUGUACACGAAGGAUGGAUCGGUGUUCGAGGCUCAAUGCGUCGUUGGUGCAGACGGCGUGCACAGUUCGGUGAGGAGAGAGCUGUGGCGGAACGCGGAUGAUAGCGACCCGACAGCUAUCCCGAAGUGUGAUAGGCAAAACAUCCGGUGUGAACAUGCGUGCAUUUUUGGCAUUGCGAAGCCGAUGCCCGAGGUUCAGCCCGGAGAAGUCAUUGGUGCCUCUACUCAGGGGACCGCGGCCGGCCUCAUGGUGGGACCUAAACAAGAGCUGUUCACGUUCUGGUUUUGGCAACUCCCAGAGGAGAUGCGUUCGUGCCCUAUCGGCGCGAUACCGCGCUUCGGCGAAGAUGACAAGAAGCGGGAACUGGAACGCGCGGCGAGUGUGAUUCUGACCAGCUCUGGCCUCCGGUUCCAAGACGUCGCCGAGAACCUUCAGUCCAGUGCCGUGACGGCCCUGCCGCACUUUGUGCUCCGCCGCUGGCAUUUCGGCCGUUUGAUUGUUAUCGGCGACGCGGCGCAUAAGUUCAACCCGCUGGUCGGGCAAGGUGGUAACAGCUGCAUCGAGUCUUGCGCAUCCCUCGUCAAUGCCCUGCAAUCAACAUUAGGAACUCGGCUCUCUAGCAGCCCAGCCGCCUGGUCUGUUACAGCCCUGUCUGAGGCUUUCACUGCUGUUGAACGGCAGAGGGUUGGCCGGCUGGUCGACAUGGUCGAGAAAUGUCAGGAGGCCAUGCGUAACACGGCCUGGGAGACUCCACGGAGGCAACUGAUGUCGAAAUAUGUGGCUCCAUUACUUACCCUAUCGCAAUUUGCCAAUAUUUAUAGCGACCUGAUCACCGCGGGCGUGCGGCUGAACGAUCCUGUACCACGCGCGAUCCACCACGAGUGGCUUUAUGACGACGAGCGACAAGACUUGCCGAAUGGAUUCAGCGCCUACCAAACAAUGACAGCGAUAGGGUUGCUUACAGCAGCAGCUGCUGUGUUGUUCCAAAAUCAGCACAGCUUAGCCCGAAUUCUGGCCAGAUUGAAGAUCGCGUAG